AUGUCUGGCGCUCAAUACAACUACAUAAGGGUGCCCACCGCUUCCAACGACAUCGGCUUCGGAGCCAACGACUUACCGGACUACGGCGACUAUAACGGGAGCCUGCAAAGAAGCCUGUCUGGGUAUUCUGACGACACGACAUCCUUUGGGUCUCCAACGUAUGAGGUGUCCCCAAGCCUCGACAAUUUUGAUUUCGAGUUCAGCUCGCCUCACUACGGCCAUCAUCAAGUCUCAGCACCAAGAUCUACUGCUACCACUACGAGUAGACCUCACACGACCCGUUGGACAGACACAACUAUCCCCGGUUACAAAAAUACACUCAGUUCUCCGCAAGUUGUUACCGGCUCUUUCAACAUCCAACCAAGCAGCAUAAUGUCAACCCCAUCGCCAGAAUACGUCUGCCUCUACGAUGGCUGUCGGCAAAAGGCCUUCCGGCGGUCGGCAGACCUAGACCGACACAUCAAGCACGUGCACCUCAAGCCGCCGGACACGUACUUCUGCGACUACAACAGGUGCCCGCGGAGCGAGAAGGCCGUGGCGGCGGCGACGAACUCGACAUCACAGCCCCUCGAGACAAUCGCCACCGCCUCGUCCUCCAGCGGCGCCGGGAUCGGCGCCUUCGGCCGCAAGGACCACUGCCGCGCCCACUACCGCGACUACCACCGCGAGGACCUGUGCCGGCGCAACGGCAAGGAGGCGGCGGGCUGGUUCGACGACCGCAACAUCUCCAGCAGCUGGUGGCGGUGCACAAAGUGCCUGCGCAAGGUGUCGUACUCGCGCUGCGGCUGGGAGUGCCGCGACUGCGGGCAGACGCUGGAGCCGGAGCGGAUCAACGCGCGCAAGAGGCGGAUGGGCAAGGGCUCGUCACUGUCGUCGUCGUCUUCGUCGAGGGCUUACUGA